GUCGUGGACGAACAAUUGCCUCGCUACGCCAGUUUCUGCAAAGCGCAGGCGAGACGACCAGCGCCCAGCGAUCAGCCUUUGUGUCGCGCAGGUCCAGCCCGUUGCGCACCGUUGUGCAAUUUCUUGGAUCCACUUGAUUGGGCGUACCUCUUAUUAGUCGUUUCAGCCUCCCUCUCCUCGCGGACCCCCCGUUCACUCCAACGACCCAUCCGGAGACACCACACAUUAUACGUUGCUGUCCUGCAGUGACGCUCACGCUCGUUCACCUGCACUGCAUUCUCACCACAGUCACUCAUUGCAAGAAAGCAGCAGUCACGCGCCGCCUUCACGAGCGUUUGCACGGCAACCGGCUUUUGUGAACAGCCAACCCAGGGGUUCGACAAUAGCUUCACCCACGACAAUCAGACAAUCAGACGUCACAAUAGUUGCGCCAGUACGCCUCUGCCGCGCACGACUUCCGAAUCAAAUCUCUCCGAUACCACAAUUCAAAAGUCUCACAUCGACCCUCUCACCUGUCAACAAACGCCAACAUGCGAUAUUCUUUGGGAGCCGCAGCGCUCUUCGCAGCGACAGUUACCGCCGACUUCUGCUCCGAGGGCAGCGUUGACGAUGGUGGCAAUUACUAUUGCAAGUGUGUCAAGGCCAUCACAUACACUGGUGUGGGUGGCGCGGGUUCCUACAACAAGAUCACGAACAUGGACGGCUCGUCUGGCGCAUGCUCCAGCUCUCCAAAUGGAUACUCCGGAACUCUUGCUCCAUUCGACGAGGAGGUCUCGCUCCAUCUCCGUGGACCACUUAUACUGAAGCAGCUUGCAGUAUACACCCCGAGCUCUUCCUCCUCAUCUCCCACCAGCUAUUCGCGACGAGCAGUCCAUGAGCGCCGUCACAUUGGUGGUGCACAUGGACACGGACAUCAUGCCCACCUUCACAAGAAACGGGAUGCCGCGCUGGGCGAUGUCGUCAAUGCCAUCAUUGAUGGCAAGACGGUCUCAUGGCUGAACAACUACUCUGGAGAGCCUGCCGCGAGUUCGGGUUCUUCUGCCGCUAGCCCGCAAGUGAACAACGCGCCUGCCGCCAACAGCGCGAGCACCAAUUCUGCUCCAGCCACUGGCGCCAGCAGGGCGAAGUCCAGCUCAUCGAGCAGCUCGAGCAGCAGCAGCAGCGAUGACGACGACGACGACGAAACCUCGACUGGCGAGGGCUGGAAUCGUGUCGCCUACUACAAUGCAGAGAAGCAGACCGCUGAUGGUCUCGUGUUUCUUAACCACGAGGGUGGCACUGCCGGCUCCGGCAUCUUCGACUACAGCUUCGGUAACUCGCUGUCGUACGCCAGUGCCGAUGGCUGCAGCGGUGCAGGCUCACCACAAAUUCUAAAGGAUUGUACCAUCCCAUCCAAGAACGAGGUGGUUGUCAUGAGUGACAAGAAAUGCUCCGAGGGCGACGACGGAUGUGGCUACUACCGUAACGGUACUGUCGCAUACCACGGUUUCGACGGACCCAGCAAGGCUUUCUUCUUCGAGUUCGGCAUGCCGGAUGACGGAACCACCACUGCUGACAUCUACAGCCCGACCAACAUGCCCGCCAUCUGGAUGCUCAACGCUCAAAUCCCACGUACUCUGCAGUACGGAAAGCCAGAAUGCUCCUGCUGGACCAGCGGCUGCGGUGAAUUCGACAUCUUCGAGGUCCUCGCUCCUGGUGACAAGCGCUGCAAGUCGACCCUGCACGGAAACAUUGCCGGCGGCAGCAGCGAUUACUUCGAACGCCCAACCAGCGGCACCAUUAAGGCUGCGCUCCUCCUUUACAAGGACAACAUCCACGUCAAGAUCCUCGACAACAACACUGACUGCUUCGGCAAGACCAUGGGCAACACAUUUGUCGAUGAGAUGGUCCAGUCCACCGCUGCCCAAGAUCUACAGAACCUGGUCUCCCUCUUCCAGCUCAGCGGUUGAGCGGACAAGAGUGUUCAUUUUGUGAUAUGCUCUUCGAACGCAUCAUCAGCAUGCAAUCAUGAUAGGGAAACCAGCGGGAGUUUUUGACGGCGUGUCCUUCAUAUUUUGAAUGAAAGCCUCUUUGGCUACGGCUUGAUUCGUGGAAUUGCACGGACUUGAUUGACUUCGGGUGGGCUGUUCAUUGUCAGGCAUGUACAGAUGCUCCUGGCUAUGCUUGUGCUCUCGUGAGUGAAAGUAGUGCGACGGGUCUACAAUGUUUAGUAUAGAUCAGCCUCGGCGCUGUACCUUGGGCAGGACACAGAUAGCCUGGUACAGAUGAUUGAUUUUUGUUCUUCAACGUG